AUGCAAAAUUGCAAUUUACUUUGUUUACCUGAAAAUUAUCAACUUAAAUAUUAUUUUUAUCAUGGUCUAUCAUGGCCACAAUUAUCUUAUGUUGCAGAAGAUGAUAAUGGGAAAAUUGUUGGUUAUGUUUUAGCAAAAAUAGAAGAUGAUAGUGAUGAUACAAUACCACAUGGACAUAUAACUUCUUUGGCUGUUUGUCGAACACAUCGUCGUCUUGGUGUAGCACAAAAAUUAAUGGAACAAGCAAAUCGAGCAAUGGUAGAAAAUUUCAAUGCUAAGUAUGUUUCAUUACAUGUACGUGUAAGUAAUCGAGCCGCAUUACAUCUUUAUCAAGAUGCACUUGGUUUUUCAAUUCAUGAUCGUGAUCCACGUUAUUAUGCUGAUGGUGAAGAUGCUUAUUCAAUGCGACGCGAACUUGUCGCAAUGACAAAAACAUAA